AUGCUGCUGGACACAACAGAAACUACCUCAGAGCUGGGCUGGACCACCUAUCCGGACACAGGGUGGGACGAGGUCAGUGUCCUGGAUGACCGGGGGAAGCUCAUCCGGACCUUUGAGGUCUGCAAUGUCAAUCAGAAUCCCCGGCAGCAGGACAACUGGCUGGCAACACCUUUCCUCUACCGUCAGUCGGCUCCACGGAUGUUUGUGACCCUGCGCUUCUCCGUGCGCGACUGUGCCAGCCUGCGCACGCCGUCGCCCACCUGUCGAGAGACGCUCACCCUGUACUACAAGCAGGCCGACUCGCAGAGGGAGCUGAUGAGGACCUGGGUCGCAGAGCCCUCUAGCGGUGAGAAAGAGACGAGGGAGGGUUGGGUGAAGAUCGACACAAUCGCUGCCGAUAAGAGUUUCUCCAAAGUGGAGCCCAGUUCACCUCACCAGUAUCAGCCCAACCGCUACAGUCGCAUCAAUGUUAAAACACGCAGCUUUGCUCCGCUCACCCGGAACGGGUUUGUCUUGGCAAUCGUCGACAGCGGAGCUUGCGUUUCCCUCAUGGGGGUCUCCAUCUUCUACCGCCGUUGUCCAGCCACCAGCCUCCACUUGGCGUCCUACCCGGCGACUCCCUCGGGUGCGGAGCCGACCGCUCUGGUGCCUGUGACGGGCACGUGUGUCCCUCACAGCAAAGCGCAGGGCGGGGCGCCCCCUCGCAUGCACUGCAAUGCUGAAGGCGAGUGGAUGGUGCCCGUUGGAGGAUGCGUUUGCGACAAAGGAUACGAGCCAAACGUCAACGGGUCUGCCUGCUUGGCUUGUCCUGUGGGCUACUUCAAGUCUGUUUCUGGCUCCGAUCCCUGCUCUGUGUGUCCCCCCAACAGCAGAACCAGCCAGGAGGGAUCGAGUGUGUGCGAAUGUCGCAGCGGCUUUUAUCGGGCAGCCAGUGAUGCCAACUCCUCCGCCUGCACAACUCCUCCUUCUGCUCCAGUCUCUCCGACGUGGGAGUAUGAAAGCGGCGACGGUGGGGUCUCCUUAAGGUGGCGUCCUCCGAUGGACAUGGGAGGCCGCAGUGAAGUGUGGUACGGGGUAGUUUGUCGCAUCUGCCCCUCCCCCACUUUCAGCAACCCGGCUGCAUGCUCCUGGUGUGGAGAGGGGGUGACCUUCAGCCCGUCACAGACCAACCUGAAACAGACUAAAGUAACCCUCAAUAACCUGCUGACCAGGGUCACUUAUCUCAUUCAGGUGCAAGCCAUGAAUGAGGUGUCAUCUUUGAGUCCUUUUCCGGCUCGAUACACAAGCAUCAAUUUCACCACCAGCCAGUCAGUUCCCAGUACGGUUCCCAUGUUGCACCAGCUGAGCCGAGCUCCUGACUCCAUCACGCUGUCAUGGCCUCAGCCGGAUCGACCGAACGGUGACAUCCUGGAGUACCAGCUGCGAUAUUACGACAAGGGUUCAGACGUGGACAGCGCGAUGAUGGUGUACAGCGAGACCAACACGGUGACGGUCAACUCCCUGAUUCCCGGUUCCAUCUACGCCUUCCAGAUCCGAGCACGAAACGAACGAGGCUACGGUCCAUACAGCAACACCAUCUACUUCACAACGCUGCCGCUAGAGGAGCAUUCACAGCAGAUCCAGAAUCGACUCCCUCUCCUCGUCGGCUCGGUGAUGGGCGGCGCGGCGUUUCUCCUCGUGGUGGCAGCCAUUGUUGUGGUGGUUGUAUUUCGAAGCAAAAGGAGAGAGAGCCCGUACAGCGACAGGCUUCAGAGGUACAUCAGUAACCGGGGCGGUGUCAAGUAUUAUGUGGACCCUUCUACAUAUGAGGACCCCAGUGAGGCGGUUAAAGAAUUUGCCCGUGAAAUAGAUCCUUCCCACAUCAAGAUCGAGGAGGUGAUCGGUGCAGCCCAGUUCGGUGAAGUGUCUCGUGGACGCUACCGUCCCGUGGGCCGCAGGGAAGUCCUGGUGGCUGUGAAGACUCUUCGCUGGGGGGCGUCCGACAGAGAGAGGGGGAUGUUUCUCAGUGAGGCGGGGGUCCUGGGACAAUUCGAUCAUCCCAAUGUGCUGAAGUUGGAGGGGGUUGUCACACGGACCCCUCCGGAGAGGAUCAUCACUGAGUUCAUGGAGAACGGGCCCCUGGAUGCUUUCCUCAGGGAGAACGAAGGUCAGUUCAGUGUCCUUCAGCUUGUUGGGAUGCUCAGGGGAGUUGGCGCCGGGAUGCGGUAUCUCUCCGAGAGAAACUUCGUUCACAGAGACCUGGCUGCCAGAAACGUGUUGGUCAACUCCAACCUGGUCUGCAAAGUUUCCGACUUCGGCCUCUCCAGACUCAUGAGGGGUCUGGACCACAACGUACCCACGUACACUGCCUCUCUGGGCAGCAAGAUUCCUGUGAGGUGGACCGCACCCGAAGCUUUUCAGCAUCGAAAGUUCAGCUCAGCCAGUGACGUCUGGAGCUUCGGCAUUCUGAUGUGGGAAGUGAUGUCCUACGGAGAGCGUCCGUACUGGGACAUGAGCAAUCAAGAGGUGAUGAAGGCCGUGGCGGAUCAGUAUCGGCUCCCUCCUCCCCACAGCUGCCCUCCUGCCCUCCACUCCCUGAUGCUUCAGUGCUGGCAGGCCGAACGGGGGGAACGGCCGGGCUUCGACCAGCUCCUCUCCUCUCUGGAUCGGCUAAUCAGGCACCCCGCCUCCCUCAAGGCCGAGCCGACUCGAAGCUGCUCGCAGCCGCUGCUCAGCCCCACCCCCACGGACUUAACGGCGGUGGUGACAGUCGGCGACUGGCUGAAAGCGCUGAGGAUGGAGCGAUAUCAGGAGGAGUUUGAUCGAGCAAACAUAGACACGUUAGACAGAGUCAGCAGACUCACUAUGGAAGAUGUCCAGAACCUCGGUGUGAACCUGUUGGGACAUCAGAGGAAAAUCGUCAGCGCAGCCCAGCAGCUCCGCUCCCACCUGAUGCAGGGCCAGGUGGAGGUCUGAGGAUCCGUCCGCAGCACAAUCUGUUCCGGUUUUCACGUUCCCUCUGCUUGUUGCGUCUGGUUCUGCAACACUUUUUAAUUUCAUGGGGGCAUUUUGUAAACCAAAACAAAAACAGAGAAUCGGCUAGAAAGGAGCACUCUGAACUGUAUAUUCCUGUAAACCCAAUACACCACGGUAACUGAACACCCCUCUCACCGAAUGACAGGCGACAGGUGCACCAUGGGAGCUGAAGUCCGGGUCAAACUGAGGUUUGGAAAAUUUCUGAGACGGAGGACUUUGAAGAUGCUUUUUUUUUGUGCUUGUCUUUACUUCAUCGUUCUUUGCCCUAUUUCUCUCCACCUCCUCUCCAAUGAUUCCACCCCAUUUCACCCCAUAACAAGUUCGUCUUAGAAAAAUAAAAAGCUCAAGGAGAUCCUUCCUCACAAAGAAUUGCGUGAAGACAAUCAAAGCUUUUUUUUUUUUUUUUUUUAGUUAUUUGUAAAGCUGUAUUACUUCCUCUCUACUUAAACAACCAAACUACCUAAGCAGCUGACGGUGGCUGAAUGAGAUUCCACUGUUUGCUUUCAGAAAAAAUUUAAAGUUUGUUUAGUGUUCAUGCAAUAUGUGACGAAACACCAGUCCAAAUUCAAAUUUAGUCAAAAUGUUUUUGUACGAACACUCUAAGCCAUGUUGUGUCCCUUGAAAUAAAUAAAAAAAAAGCAUAUCCAGGGUCUUAAAGCAGCUCCUUUCUUACGGAUCACUCUCAGCGUGGAGCACCUCGGUGACAACAAAGCUCCCACACUGUCAAAUUUCACCGGAGCUGUGACAGAAACAGAAGCCAGCAGCCCCGCACGUGUAUAUUUCACACUUCACCUCUGUUUCGUUCGAUUGCCUGAGUAAAGACACCGAGUCACUGGAGCAAGGUGAAUGUGAGAAAUGGGAAAGACGGACAAAAUCUGAUCUGAUUUACACCUGGAGGGAGAAAAAUGCUUUGUGGCAGUUGGACAGGAGCACGUGUGUGCCUGAGCGUCUGUGUGUUGUACGGGAGGCUGUGGUGUCGCGUUCACCAGGAUCUUUGCUGUAAUAUGACGGUAUGUGUGUAUUUGUGAGUGAGUGAGUGUGUCUGUGUGUGUGUGUGUGUGUUAGAGACGAGUGUGUCAGGCUACACACACUUCUAGCUGUUAAUUUGUAUAAGGGUUCACCACUAUUCUGUAAUUGUGCAAAUUUGUAAAAUAAAUAUGAUUUUAUUUAAAAAAAAAAA